CCUCCAUGAAACUGUCAAUAACAUACCAAGGAAAAUUUACGUUUUUUUAAGCAAAUGAUUACAAAUGUUUAUUAGAAAUGCUAUUAUAAACCUUUUGAAGCUUCCCCUUUCUCAUAGAUUUUCAACUGGUCGAAACACUAACAUGGUGAAGGUUUUAAAUGUUGCAGAGAAAAAUGAUGCUGCAAAGUGUAUUGCAGAUGUGAUGUCAAGGGGAAGAUUUAAUAGGAAAGAGGGAUUUUCAAAGUUCAACAAGCUCUAUGAGUUUGAGUACAUGCUGUUCAACCAGCGCUGUAACAUGGUAAUGACCUCUGUAUCUGGACAUCUGCUUGGCCUUGAGUUUACUGGACAGUACAAGAAAUGGCAUGCUUGUAGCCCUGUGUCAUUGUUUGAUGCUCCAGUGGAAAAGUAUUGCCCAGAAAACUUCAUUGACAUCAAGCGGACAUUAGAGAGAGAGGUCCGAGGGUCCCAGUUCCUGGUUGUGUGGACAGAUUGCGACCGGGAAGGAGAAAAUAUUGGUUUCGAGGUUAUACAGGUCUGCAAAGCAAUAAAACCAAAUAUUCAAGUUUACAGAGCCAAGUUUUCAGAAAUCACUCCACAGGCCAUAGCACGAGCCUGUAAUAACCUGAUUCAACCAGAUAAACGUGUGAGCGAUGCAGUUGAUGUGAGACAAGAACUGGAUCUUCGAAUUGGAGCUGCAUUCACUCGAUUCCAAACGUUACGACUCCAGAAGAUAUUUCCGAAUGUUCUCGCUGACCAACUGAUAAGCUAUGGCAGUUGCCAGUUCCCGACCCUUGGCUUUGUUGUCGAGAGAUACAAGCAGGUCCAGGCGUUCGUUCCAGAACCUUUCUGGAAACUAAGAGUUAAGUACAAAAUGGAUGAAGUUGAUGUGGAAUUCAAUUGGAAAAGGAACCGUCUAUUUGAUUAUAUGGCCUGUUUCAUCCUCUACCAGCAGUGUAUUGAGUCUCCACUUGCAAGGGUUGUGGAUACGAAGGGUCGCAGCAAGAGUAAAUGGCGUCCGCAGGCCUUGGACACAGUGGAACUUGAAAAGCUAGCAUCCCGCAAACUGCGUAUCAAUGCCAAGGAGACCAUGCGAAUUGCAGAAAAGUUGUAUACGAAUGGGUUUAUAAGUUACCCGAGAACAGAAACAAACAUGUUUACGAAGGAGAUUGACCUACGAGCCCUGGUCGAGGAGCAGACAAGGGAUGAAAACUGGGGAGAGUUUGCUCAAGGUGUGCUAGAGAGGGGUCCUACUCCAAGAAAUGGUAACAAGACGGACAACGCCCAUCCCCCCAUACAUCCCACCAAGUACACACACAAUCUGCAGGGUGAUGAGAAGCGUGUUUAUGAGUUUGUUGUCCGUCACUUUCUGGCCUGUUGUUCCCAGGAUGCCCAAGGUUUUGAGACCACGGUCGAGAUUGACGUGGCAGAGGAAAGGUUCACUGCCCAGGGUUUAAUGAUCACAGCUAGAAAUUACCUUGAAGUGUACACAUAUGAGAAAUGGAAUGCCAAGGAAAUACCUGUAUUUGACAAAGGCGAUGAAUUUGAGCCAACUUCUAUUGAAAUGAAGGACGGUGAGACGGCUCCUCCCCCUUUGUUGAGUGAGGCUGACCUCAUCGCCUUGAUGGAUAAACAUGGAAUAGGUACUGAUGCCACCCAUGCUGAUCAUAUAGAAACCAUCAAAUCUCGUAACUAUGUGGGUGUACGACCUGACGGCAGAUUUGUGCCCGGGCAGCUAGGAAUGGGGCUUGUGGAAGGAUAUGAUGCCAUGGGUUUUGAGAUGUCGAAACCUCAUUUACGAUCUGAGCUGGAAGCUGAUCUAAAAAGAAUAUGUGAAGGCACAAAGCAGCAGCAAGCUGUGCUUCAAGAGCAAGUUAGAAAGUACAAAGAAGUGUUCAUUGAAGCAUGUAGACAGGCGGAGAAAAUAGAUGAGUCACUGUCAAAUUUCCUGGGGGAGGAAGCGCAACCAGCCCCUGCUGACAGUGAGUUGAAUCGAUCAUCCUCCAGCCCAGUGUUGAAGUGUCCGAUGUGUGGCUCUGAUAUGCUGCUUAAGGCAAAGAAGGAUGGAAAAGGAUUCUACAUCGGCUGUAUGGGAUUCCCAGACUGUAAGAGUGCUGUGUGGCUGCCCGGGGGUGUCUUGGAGGCAGACGUUUCAAAUGAUACAUGUCCGAAGUGUGGCCCAGACACCCAUUUGGUGAAUUUCAAGUUCAAAAGAGGUUCUGUUCCACCUACUGUCCCUUUGGAGUACACCGGUUGCGUAGGAGGAUGUGAUGAAACUUUAGUCACAGAUGUGGGUAUUCGGCCGCCUCCAAGGCCAGGGUCUGGAGCCCAGUCACAGAGGACCAAUUCAACUCCAAGCCAAAGAGGUGGUGGACAAGCAGGCCCGCGGUCACAAAGGCCCAAUGUGCAACCAGCUCAGGGGGCAAGGGGUCAGACAGGUGCUGGAAGAGGUCAGUCCAGGAGAGAUGAUUCAGGCAUAGGCUCAUCAUUUGGUUCCAAUGGGUCGUCUAGACAAUUCUCCACCCAGAGUUCCAUGCAAUCAACAUUUCCUAGAAAUACCCCAAAUCAAGCCAGAAACCAGUCUUGGGGUGACCAAAACAUGUUUGAUGACAGUUUUGACUCAAAUUUUUCAUCACAAACUCAGACUGGCUCCUCAAACUUUUCACAAAUUCCAACUGGAAGAAAUUCUGUAAAAAAAUCAAAAUCUAAUACCCAGAAUUCUCGAACAGGAAGUGAUAGGGUGCCUUUGGCAACCAUGACAGGAAAUGUGAUGGAUUCUGGGAAUAAUGACUCAGCUAAUUCUGUGGUGUGUAAUUGUGGGAAUGAUGCAGUGUUGUUAACAGUGAGAAAGGAAGGACCAAACACAGGUCGUCAGUUCUACAAGUGUGGCGGGUCAACCUGUAACUUCUUCCUGUGGUCAGACGAAGCAGGGGCAGAUCCUGGGGGUGGGGGAAAUGAUGGAGGGGGUGGGUCAGCAAGCUUUAGCACUAACAGAGUUAGCAGUUCCAGCUACAGUAGCAAUAGAGGUGGUACCAGUAACUAUGGAAACAACAGUUUCCAAGGCAAUCAAGGGGGUCGUGGCAAUUCUUGGUCGACUGAUGGAGGUGGGGCAGGUGGAGGGGACACAGUGACGUGUCAGUGUGGACAACCAGCUAAAAGUCUAACUGUCCAGAAGGAGGGGCCAAACAAGGGUCGCCCAUUCUAUGGCUGUCCGCAGCCAAGGGGCCAGGGAUGUACCUUUUUCCAGUGGGGAGAUGAGGACCCAGGAGCAGGAGGAGUAGGUGGGCGUGGCUUCAGUUCUGGUCGUGGAGGGGGUGGAGCAAGUAGAGGGCGUGGUGGGUCCAAGAAGAGACCAGCCUCCUCUGACGGGGGUGGACCAGCCAAGAAAGGCAAGAAAUGUGGCCUCUGUGGGGUAGAAGGUCAUACAAAGAGAACCUGUCCCCAUAAAUGAAUGAGGAGGAAUUUGAAGGGGAGAGAUCUCCCGCCACAUACGAUCACAUAUGAUAUCAGAUUUUUACUUUAAAAGGAAUUUAUUUUCCUUUAAUUUAUUACUGUAUUGUUUAUUUUUUGAAUCUUUAGAAAUUGAAUGUUUCAUGUCUUAAUGUUUUUUUUAAAUAAAUAAAUAUUUCAGAAUU